AUGGAUCGCGACCGCGAGAGAGAUCGGGAUCGAAGGUUUGUCAAGCCGACACCGUCGGACGACCGAUACUCGAACACGUACAGACCGCGUUCGCCCCGCCCCCGAAGCCGCUCGCCGCGCGUCGACAGCUACCGCGCCCGGUCGCCAGCGCGACGCAGCUCUCCUCCUCCCCGGCGAGGCUCGCCGCCCCGUCGCGGGCUGGCCUCAGCCGACACGUACACGCCCGGGGGCAGCAGCCGCCCGUCUCGGCCGAGGAGCCGCUCGCCCGCCUUCAGGAGACGGUCACGCAGCCCGCGCCGAGACGACAACUGGAGGGCGCGACCGCGCUCGCCGCCCCGCCGCCCCGUCUCUCCGCGACGGGACGACUACAGGAACGAUCGCGCUCGCUCACCCAGGAGGGAUGGCUACGACUCGUACACGCGCUCGCCGCGACCGCGCGACAGGUCGCCGCCGCCCCGCACGCGCGACGCAUCGCCUGCGAGGAGCCGGGGCAUGCGCUCGCCUGUCCGUCCGAGCCGCUACGAGGAGCCGCGCUCGCGCGUUGCCAGCCCGCGCCGAACCUCGCCUCCGCCCCCUCGCGACAACCGCGACUUCCGCCGCCGCUCGCCUUCGCCCCGGCGGGAACGUGCCGACCCUUACGCAGCAGACACCUGGCGGAGCCGCAGGUCGCCCUCGGCCAGACCUGCAUACACGUCCAACGAGGCCUCGGGCGGCCAGUCGGCGGCCACCUCGCGACGAUCCUCCCCGCGGCCUACCGUCCACCCCAGCAGAGCGGCCCUCGUAGACGACAGGCCGGCAAGAGAGCCUGCAUCCGCGCCCAGGUCGCCAUUCCGUGAACGUGAGCCCGGCAGAGCGCCUCGCGACAACUUCCGAGAGCGCGAGCGCGAGCGCGAGCGAUCGCCGCCUCGCCGCAGAGGAGUGAGCCCGGUCAGAGACAGGAGUCCGCCUCGGAGACGAGACGCAAGCCCUCCUCGAGGACCUCGGGGCGACCGGGACAGGGAGUUUGCACCACCGACAGGUCCGUCGUCUGCUCGUCGCAAUGGCGACGGCGAGUUCUCGAGGGCACCUCCGACAGGCCCGUCGAGCCGCAGCUAUCCUUCGCCAGCCAUCUCGCCGCCUGCAGGGCCUGCCAGCUCAGCAUCGACCGCACCUCCAACCGCACCUGCGACAGGACCUCCCACGGGACCUCCCACAGGACCUCCCACAGGACCUCCGACAGGACCUCCCACAGGACCUCGAGGAGCCAAUCCCGUAUUGAGCGCCCCCACUCGACCGCGCGGUGGAGGACGCGGCGGGUUCGCAUACGACUCUCCACGCGACUUUUCCGGUCCUCCACGGCGUGGGUCGUGGGGCGGCGGCGCCCGUGGCGGUGGUGGGUUCCGCGGUGGGUUCCACGACGGCGCGGCUGCCGGUCCUCGCGGUUCUGUCAGCGGCGCGACGUCUUACUCGGCUACCUUCCGUGGCUCCAGCAAUGCGACUGCGACUACAUAUCCGCGGACCAUGCGCUUCCGUGACCAUCUUGCGGACCUGCCCAAGGAGAUACCCGGCGGACAGAAGGCACCUGAGGUCUACGACAAGAGCAAGAUUCUCAGGCUAGAGGAGGAGGCCAGGAAGCUGCGCGAGAUGAUCGACAAGAAGGAGGAUGCGAAGCGGGCCAAGCUGAGGGAGUGGGACUCGUUGGAGAGGGACGCCGAGACGGCACAGCUUCGCGUGGAUCUGGCAGAGCAGUCGCUGAGGAGUCUGAGCGGCGAGACCGAGGCUGGCGGCGCUGCGUUCUAG